ACACACCUCUUCCAGCUUGGGCCUCUUCCUGAUAACCGAUGUGGUCUCCGACUCUUUCAUCUGAGCACCCCUGAACCCCUGGUCUCGAGCCCCCACUGUGGGCGGGACCAGAACCCGGCCUCAAGGAAUGCCCGCCCCUUCAGGUCCGUUACCGGGAUACUGGGGCUAAGGCAUUUCCUGCCUGGAGGUCUUGGCGACUCCCGCUGCCUUGGAGACCUGCUUGGGAGCUAGGGGACGCUACUCUGGCCCAGCGAGCGGCAGAAGAAAGAGGACAGAGGUCUUGGACUAGUUGAACAAGUGGCUGGCUGAGCAGGGAUCUGGGCUUGGGACCACUCUCCCAUCCACCCGCACUUGUACACACCUCCCCAACCCCACCCCGGAGUAGAUCUGUCCCAGGCAUUUCCCGAGUGAGGAAGUCCAGAGUUGGUGGCUCAAAGCCCCACCAGAUCAGUCUCUUCCCCGCUGCAUCCAUGUUUGUCACGGUGAUGUUUGGAGUUCCUAGAUCAGGGCUGGGGUCUGGCCCGUGUGGGAACCUUGAGUUGUGCGCCCCAGUUAUCCACAUCUGUCAAGAUGGAUGGAUGUCUGCAAAGAAGUUUAUGCAAAAUUGCCUGGACUACGGUGCCUGGGCCGGCUACGGGGAGCUGGUGAACCCCUGGUGCAGCCUAAUGACCCUCACUGCCCACUUGAAGCAGAGGGGACAGGUCCCCCAAGAUGCCUCUCUCCAUGCCUUCCCAGAAACCAUUGCCCUCUUAGCUGAGGAUGGACAACUUGUGAGCCUAGGUGAGGACCUAGAGGAGAAGACUUCCCCAGCCUCCUCCAAGGGCAGUCCUCUUCUACAGGAACGAGGGACAUAUGUCCUUGUGAAAAUCAUCAGGGGGGAGGAUGGGGCACCUACCCGCUAUGAGUCCCUACUAGAGAACCUGGAUGAUCAGUGUCCGGAGCUGGCAGAGGAGCUGCGCUGGCUAUCAGGCAUCUCCACCAUGGGCAAUGGCCGGAGGAGACGCAUGAGCACUCGGCGUAGCCAUCGAGAACUAGAGCCCCCUUCAAGAGCUGGAAGGGUGAGCUCCCUGCCAUCCAGGACUCGCUAGCUGGUGCCAGGAGCCAGGUCCCUGGACAUACCACAGCCUGGCAUAUCACAGCCAAGUGGACAAGCUGGACUCGGAGUCAAGGGGGCUGGCCGUGACCUCUGACUCAUGUGAUAAGAUGCAAAUAGACAACAGCCCAGCAAGAUUCCUCUGCCCAAUCCGGAAUUACUGAGACCUUGCAUCAUUAAGAGGAGCAAGGUCACAGAAAGGUUGUGAGGCCUCUGAGGGGGAAAGCCCCUAUGAUGUGGGUGCAGAGAAAGGCGCCCAGAGUCAAAAGCACAAAAGGUGCCUUCUACUGAGAAGUAGAAACAAAAGGCUUCUUCUGGGAUUCCAGCCCCCAAAGUCAGAUGCUCUUGAGAUCACCUCUAAUGCCUCAUCACCCGCCUUUGGGCUGCCCAAAGUAGUCCACCCUUGACUGCCCCAAGUACAGAUUAUUACAAGACUCUUCCCACCCUACCCAGGAUGCCUGUUUCAGGUGAUAUACAGCACACUACAGUGAGAUAUCCAUCCAUCUCCCCUAAUCCCAGUUCAUUAGCUAGGGUGCUUCCAGCAGACAGGCCAGCAAGAGGACACACAACAGGCUGUGAUUUAAAAUAAACUCUUUAAUUGCA